UUAUACCUUAGCUACCUUAGCCUAGCUCAGGUCAAGAAAAAGAUUGCCCCUAAGCCUAGCGCAAUAUAAGAAGUUCCCGAAAUGAACAGCAACGAUUCUACUGCAAAGCCACAGAACGGGUCUGGUGGCAUUACAGUUCCAGACUGCCUAUAUCAAGUCGAUACAGGCUUAGAAGUUGCUUUUAAAGUAAUAGCGUUUUCUUUGGUACUAUUCUUGGCUUUAAUUGGCAACACUUUGGUCGUCUGGGUCGUCCAUAAAAGCACUUCAAUGCGCAAGAAGCCUAUCAAUCUCUUCAUCGUCAACCUUGCUGUGUCUGACCUUUUGCUGGCUCUCUUUGUUAUUCCUCGAAUCAUUACUGAAACUGUUUUGUAUUCAGGAAUAUGGCUAGUCAAUGGCACCGCUGGGUUAGCAUUAUGCAGGAUCGUCAUUUUCAUCCAGGAUGUUGCUACUGCCGUCUCUCUGCAAAGCCUUGUGAUCAUCGCCUUUGAUCGGUUUUGCGCCGUUGUUUAUCCACUUCGAAUAGCAACAAUGCCAUGCACAACUCGCUUGGUUGUCAUACCCAUGACGUGGGUCGUCGCUUGUGCACUCCAUUCGCCUGACCUCUUUAUCUACAAACUCUUACCAAUGGACAAUAAUACCUCAAAAUGUGCUCAAGUUUGGUCAACGGACAAAGAAGAGCAUGAGAAGAUUGCAAGCAGAUACUAUAUGGCAAUUUUCUGCCUGUUCGUCAUAAUCCCAAUGAUUCUGCUUACCGUGCUUUAUGCGUCGAUAUUCAUUCACUUGAGAAGGAGAGGAAAGAUGACUGAUUUGCACACUUCAGGCUUGCAGGUCGGAAAGCGCAAAGAACAAGAAUGGAAUGUAUUAAAGAUGGCGCUGGCAAUUGUCCUCGGAUUCGCCGUCUGCUACGGGCCAUUCAACGCUCUAAUCUUUUUGAGGAUUUUCAAGUGGAACAUAUGGAUUCCUGUGUGCCGAAUUAAAACGCUUUAUUUCGUCACAACAUUCCUUGUUUAUUUCAACACAGCUUUGAAUCCAAUUAUCUAUUUUGCGUUCAGUGAGAACUUUAGACUUGGAUUCAAGCGAGUUUUUACUCAUCACUCAAAAAAUAGUUCAACAGCAAAGGUCUUUCUUACAAGCGUGAAAAACAAGAUGCGUGGAGAGGGUACAAAUUGCGAAAGCACGCAUAAAGUAAAGACAACGUGCCAUGUUCUUGAUACGCAUUUGUAAGUGAGCGAUAAAAUCUAAAUGAUUGUUGGCGACACAAGCCUUUAGAAGAACUGGGCAAUGAUAUGGCAAUUCUUUAUCAAAGGUAUCUCUAUUCGGCAGCUUCGUUUGUGGGGGUCUUGGUCAGUCACAACAGUCCAAGUGCGAGAUAUUUGCACAUCAUAUCAUGGCACUACUUAAUAUUUCUGAAAUAACUAAAUGACCAUGAACAACGGAUCGAAAAUGUAGACAGCAUCCGUGUCAUUAUUUAGAUUAUGAGGACCGAAUGCAUCUCGUAUGGUCGGCAAGGCCUCUAGCAGAGUUAAAAUACAGUUUAAUUAAUGUUUUAGCGAUUGUGGCUUCGACGCUGACGAUAAGAGAAUCGCGUACAUUAUACUCUUCAAAACAUUUUUUGGUUAUCGCCGCAAAUGCCCAACCCAUAAACUCUAUAGUGGACAGUCGCUGUCAUCAUCCAAACCUACUGAUCGAUAACCAGUAUAAAUGACUAAGCAAUAAUGUAGUUGCUAUUCGGGGAUAUCUAUGGAGUUAUCAUUUCUUUAGCUAUAAUAGUAUGGCCUCGAGAUAGAAGAUACAAAAAUCUUGUGUAAAUUGAAAUCAAACAGCUGUUUUUUUCAUUUAAAACGUAUUGAGCUUUUCGGGAAGUGCCAUUUCGGGGUGCCACGGGAAAAGAGGGUCUUCUAAGGAUAUUUCAAACAAAGGAUUUUUCUUUCAAGAAUAAUUAUGCGCUUACGAAGUUAAUUUCGACUGGAACUUUUAGAUCCUGGGAUUUAUAACAGAAUAUAAAAAUGGGAACGAUUGACAUUGAAAUAUUAAAAAAGCAAUAAAUCUGGCUAAUGGUCUCAAUAUAUCAAAUCAUAGCGUGGGGAAUUAAAAAGCCAGACUAGGUAUGAUAAUAAAAUUUCUGUUUUUCAAAUUUAACAUUCAGCGAUAAGUCUUGGGAAGAUAAAAAUGUUAAUUAAGAGUAGAAUAUUUAGAUUAAAUGUUAAUAAAAUCAUCACGAACUGUA